ACAAAGAUACUCAGACAGAAAAAGUAAAGGACAGGAGAAGGCGACUGGAGAGACUAGGAUCCUUCCAGCUGAACAAAGUCAGCCGCAAAGCAGACUAGCCAGCCGGCUACAACUGGAAUCAGAGUCCCAAAGACAUGGGCUUGUUAGAGUGUUGUGCAAGAUGUCUGGUAGGGGCCCCCUUUGCCUCCCUGGUGGCCACUGGAUUGUGUUUCUUUGGCGUGGCACUGUUCUGUGGCUGUGGACAUGAAGCACUCACAGGCACAGAAAAACUUAUUGAGACCUAUUUCUCCAAAAACUACCAGGACUAUGAGUAUCUCAUCAAUGUGAUCCAUGCCUUCCAGUAUGUCAUCUAUGGAACGGCCUCUUUCUUCUUCCUUUAUGGGGCCCUCCUGCUGGCUGAGGGCUUCUACACCACCGGUGCAGUCAGGCAGAUCUUUGGCGACUACAAGACCACCAUCUGCGGCAAGGGCCUGAGCGCAACGGUAACAGGGGGCCAGAAGGGGAGGGGUUCCAGAGGCCAACAUCAAGCUCAUUCUUUGGAGCGGGUGUGUCAUUGUUUGGGAAAAUGGCUAGGACAUCCCGACAAGUUUGUGGGCAUCACCUAUGCCCUGACUGUUGUGUGGCUCCUGGUGUUUGCCUGCUCGGCUGUGCCUGUGUACAUUUACUUCAAUACUUGGACCACCUGCCAGUCUAUUGCCUCCCCCAGCAAGACCUCUGCCAGUAUAGGCACUCUCUGUGCUGAUGCCAGAAUGUAUGGUGUUCUCCCAUGGAAUGCUUUCCCUGGCAAGGUUUGUGGCUCUAACCUUCUGUCCAUCUGUAAAACAGCUGAGUUCCAAAUGACCUUCCACCUGUUUAUUGCUGCAUUUGUGGGGGCUGCAGCUACACUGGUUUCCCUGCUCACCUUCAUGAUUGCUGCCACUUACAAUUUUGCCGUCCUUAAACUCAUGGGCCGAGGCACCAAGUUCUGAUCUCCCACAGAAUUCCCCUUUCUCUAAUAGCAAGGCUCUAACCACACAGCCUUAUGUGCUGCGUCUCCCAUCUUAACUCUGCAUUUGCCACUGACUGGCCCUCUUUACUUGAUGAGUAUAACAAGAAAGGAGAGUCUCGCAGUGAUUAAUGUCUCUCUGUGGACUCUCCCUCUUAUGUACCUCUUUUAGUCAUUUUGCUUCACAGCUGGUUCCUGCUAGAAAUGGGAAAUGCCUGAGAAGGUGAUUCCCCAGCUGCAAGUCAUAGAAGAAUGGAGGCUCUAAUUCAAUUUGUAAGCAUCUCCUAAGGAUCAGGAAGUGCUUUCUUCUCAAAAGGCAUUGAUGGCAACAAAAUGGAAAGAAAGAUUCUCAGGUAGAAAGAAGGAAUGUCUUUGGUCCUCUUGCCAUCAAUAGGAGCCAAAUAUAUUCUCUUUGGUGUAUGAAACAGAGAACUCACUCCUGUCUCUUUUUUAUCACUGAAGAUAGAAGAAAAAGAGUACCCAAAUAUGCCUGGCAGCUGGGGGAAGGGGUUAAUGCAAGGAUCUUUCACCCUUAGAAAGAGAGCAUUGACCCCGAUGGCAGUGGACUGUUUAAGCCCUAACUCAGCCCACCUUACUUACAGCAUAAGGGAGCAUAGUGUCUAAAUAGAAAAGGGAGCAUCUAGACUUACACCUCAUUAGGAGAGAAAUAGGGUGUUGUCAGAAUCGUCUCACUCCCUUCUCCACGAUAACAGCUACCAUGACAACCUUGUGGUUUCCAAGGAGCUGAGAAUAGACAGAAACUAGCUUACAUAAAAUAAGACUGUGCCCUAAGGAGCGGUAAUUGCAAGUGGCUAAAGGUGUAACUCAAGAUGGCCCUUGGGUAGAUGCAAGACAGUUAACUCUUUGGAUAGCAUGUCUUUUUUCUGUUACUUAGUUGUGUACUCUGGCCUCUGUUGUAUCUUCAAAAUGGUGCUCUUUUCCUGGGAUUUUAUCCAUUCAGUCAUAGUAAGUGAUUUGAAAAUCUUGAUUUGGUUCAGAAUGAUGCCCAUUUCAUAUUUCCCAAUUUGCUUAUCACUUGUUUGGAGUUGUAUCAAAAAAGUGUGGAGAAGGUUUCUUGGUUAUAAUUCUUUCAAGAAGAAAAAUUAGAUAGUAAGUAUCAUAAAGAAUGUUUGAAAUUGGCUAGUUACAUAAAUCUAUUUGGAUUUUCUACAAGCAUUCUGCCAUUUGCAGAAACAGAUUUGCUGAAUUUGAACCUUAGUUUGAAUAACCCAUCUGAUCAUUUUUGCUAGCUAAUGAGGGAUAGUUUUACUUAGUGAUGUUAUAUUGACAUUCUAAGGGUCAGGCUUAACAUAGAGGUUAUUUACUCCUGGUAUAUAUAGCUCACAUAAGAGAAUGCACCAGCUGUCAGCUAUUUGGUUGGUAAUAGUCCAUGGAAAAGGACAGACAGAAUUUGAAACCUGAAGAACUUCAGAUUUCACCCUUAUCCUGUAUUUUUUAAGUUUGGAUUGAAAAAUCUCAUCAGUAUUUAUUGAAGAAAAGGUGUUAGAUCUUGUGUUGUAUUAUUGUUUUGGCAUUUUCCCCCAAACUAUUUUCAGUAAAACUUAAGGAGAUAUAAGAUCUUUACAAACUACUAAAAAACAAAACAUUUGAUACCGGUAUCUAAACUAGGUUGCACAGAAUGAAGAAAAGGGAAAAGGUUCUGUAAGAAACCAAUCAAGAUAAAGGAAAGUGAAGUAAUCUAUCUUGUGUUUUGUUUUGAUUGAAUAACAUAACAAAUAACAAACCCUUCCUUGAAAACCUUACACAUACAUACACACAAGUACACACACAGAGUUAAUCAACUGAAAGUGUUUUCUUCAUUUCUGAUAUAGAUUUUUGAAUU